CAUCGUGCGUUUUUAGCUUCGUGCUGCAUAAAAUGCACCCCGUAUUGUCUAGAGCAGUGUAAUGCAUAAAUUCCUCGCAAACGGUGGUCUAUGGAGCGAGCUAGUUCGCCAUACCGGUGCCAUUCGUCCGCCCAUUCCGUCCUGCACGCGGCUGACCACUGGCCAAACAUCGGUGGUGCACUUGUACGCAAUUACUAACAGGAAGCAACAUAGCGGAAUCAACGAAAAUGGUUCUUCAACACAGUUUGACAGAGGCUCGCCGAAAACAACACCGGUACAACGACCGGUGGCUGUUCCGCUUACCGUUCCAUUGUCCGUAGUACCGUCGGUUGUGGACGCAAAAGCAUUAGUUAGUGAAAUUAGCAAAUCCGUAGGGCUACCGGCGGGAAGCACCUUGCGAAGAAAAGCAAAUGUAUCGGGUGUAAUAGAUGGAGCAAAGGAGGAACCGGUGGUUGCUUCGGUGACCUCUCUGCCAGGCCUCAGCCGAUUAAUUUAUCAUUACCUGAUGUUAUCCAAGAUCCGUUUAACGUCUCUUGUGGUACUGACUACUAUGGCCGGCUAUGCAAUGGCUCCUGGUUCGUUCGAAUUGGGGACGUUCCUCCUAUGCUCCGCCGGAACAACUCUUGUGUCUGGUGCGGCUAAUUCGAUCAAUCAAGUCAUAGAAACGUCGUUCGAUGCACAAAUGGCUCGUACGAGAAAUCGAGUGCUUGUUAAAGGCUAUCUAUCACGAAUGCACGCGGUUGGGUUUGCUCUCGGUGCUAGUACGGUCGGAUGUAGUAUGCUGUACUUUGGUGUAAACGAAAUGACCGCUGCGCUGGGGGCCGCAAAUUUAAUCCUUUACACUAGCAUCUACACCCCGAUGAAACGCUACAGUAUUUUAAACACGUGGGUGGGAUCGCUCGUUGGUGGGAUACCUCCACUAAUGGGCUGGGCUGCUUGCACAGGUGGCGACCUUGGAGCUGGAGCCUGGAUCCUGGCCGGUCUGUUAUACUGUUGGCAGUUUCCUCAUUUUAACGCUCUGUCGUGGAACAUUCGUCCAGAAUACUUAAAGGCGGGCUAUAAAAUGAUGGCCAAUUCGCAUCCUGCCCUCUGUACACGUGUUUCUUUGCGCCAUACCGGUUUUAUAACCGGGCUGUCACUACUGGCUCCAGUGCUCGAUGUAACAAACGUUUGGUUUGCAGUGGAAUCUUUGCCACUGAACGCAUACUUCGCCUAUCUGGCCUGGGAUUUCCACCAGAAAGCCGACAGUAAAAGCUCCCGCACGUUGUUCCGCUUUUCGCUGUUACACUUGCCACUCUUGAUGGGACUGUUUCUGUUGAACAAAAAGAAUUGGCUGUUUGGCAAAGAUACGGACGAAGCAGCGGAGAUUACUACCGAACAGGCUGCUAUCGGUCCCGGUGUGUUUGUAACUGGCGGAGAGGCUGAUGAAUUAGCUAAAGAAUAUCUUGUACCAAAUAUUGUUACAGACAUUGGAGUUCCGAUAUCGGCCCCUGGAAGUAUCAAGGCAAUCGAAGAUAGUUUGCUUUCAAAUGUGGCAACUGUGCUACCAACAGCUAGCAAACAAAAAAUAUAACAAACUGUAAAUUACAAGUGAUAGAGAUUUAAUGAUCCAAAAUAAA